AUGCCCCGACAAUCGAGAUAUGACGAUGACGAGGAGCGCCUGCCCGAGGGUAUGACACGCGUCGGGUAUGACGCCGACACGGGUGUCUACACAUUCCAAGAUGCCGAUGGCUCUUACUGGGAGAGCGCUCCUGGCUCGCGAUACGGCCGGCUGACCCGGGUUGGCCAUGAGCUCGCCGCAGAGGACGACGACGCGCAGCCAUUCUUGCCUGGCAACGCCAGCGCCGGCCGCCUGGUGUCUUGGCGGCACGAACUCAUGCCGUUACUCAACUUUGGAGUCAUUAUUGGUGUUGCCCUGCUGCUUCUCUGGUGGUAUCUCCACGUGGCCGCGCGCUCUGACGAAGGCAGCGCGCUGGUUUGUCCCACCGGCGCCGAGCCGUAUACCAUCCGUCAUGGUGACACGUGCUGGGACAUUGCAGAGGCUCAUGGAGGGAGUGUCGACGAUGUACUGGCGCUCAACCCCAAGCUUGAUUGUGACAAGCUACCCGUUGGGUCGCAGAUCUGCCUCGAGGAGUGA